GCUUCCAUUUAUUAUUUGUUUGCAAACGACGUGCACUGAAUAUAUGAGGAGCUCCUGCAACCAAUUCAAAUUGCCCGUGGGCAUCUUUUAAAGAACUGAUCUCAUGGAAUUCUACGAUUUUAAAUCGGAAGAAAAGCCCACUGCGGCCAAGGAGUGGAUCAAACAGCAGGGACGGCAGCUCAAGUCAAGCCAGUUUUGGUUAAGGAGAUUCCCGGUGAUAUCUUGGCUCCAGUCGUACUCGUGGGUCUCUGCGUUUUACGAUGUUGUGGCCGGGGUCACAGUGGGACUGGUUGAACUUCCCAAAUGCCUGGCCGCGGCCAUUAUUGCUGGAUUACCUCCUCAGUAUGGUUUAUAUUCAUCUGUCGCCGGCUACUUUGUGUACGCGAUCUUUGGCACGUGUCAAGCCAUCAACUUUGCUCCAACUUUGUUGGUUGCAAUGCUUAUGAGGUCGUACACCGACCAGUACGGCCAUGACGCGGUCGUACUCAUCACCUUCCUCUCAGGGGUUAUUGUCAUGCUGAUCGCACUUUUGCAACUCGCUCCCAUCGUCGAAUUCAUCUCCUAUCCAGUGCAAAGGGGAUUCAUGUCGGCCGCCGUGUUUAACAUUGUCCUGACUCAAAUCGUGGCUAUGGUCGGAAUAACUGGGCCCAGUUUGAAUGUGAUUCAGACUGUGCAAAACAUCAUCAAUGGGAUUGACCUAUUCAAUGUGUGGGAUCUCGUAAUGGGUGUCACGUGCAUCGUUAUCCUGUUUUCAAUAGAGCAACUGGGAGAACUUGCGGAAAAAUCUAAAAAGAAAGGCGGUGAAGUGCGAUGGUGGCACACUUUCCUCAAGUACUUUGCCCUCACGCGGAACGUUCUGGUGAUGGUAGGGAGCAUUGCUUUCGUCGCAAUCAUGAUUGCAACCACUGGUGAAUCUCCUGUGGGAACGCCAGCGGAAAUUGAACAGGGCUUUCCGCCCUUUCGACUGCCACAUUUCCAACUGCAAAACGGCAACACGACCCUUACAUUCGGUGAAACACUGAAUGAACUUUCGUCAGCGCUCAUCGUUGUGCCCAUGAUUCUGCUGCUGGAAUACAUUUCCGUUUCAAAAGCUUUCGCCGACGGGAAAACGAUCGACACAACACAAGAAUCGCUGGCUUUAGGUCUCAGCAACACACUCGGCUCACUCAUGCAGUCAAUUCCUGUUUCCGCCUCAUUUGUCAGAGCAGCCGUGAAUGUCGCGUCUGGUGUCAGAUCACCCAUUAGUAGCAUUUACACAGGCGCCAUCAUGCUGGUCGUGCUGGGUGUCUUGACCGACUAUCUCACUUACAUCCCGACGUCCACCCUGUCGGCAGUGAUCAUCACGUCACUGAUUUACUUCUUCAAAGUCCCUCAGGUUACGAGAGACUGCUACAGAAGCAACCGAAGAGAUCUGAUUCCCCUCUAUGCCAGUUUCUUGGCCGGAUUGUUCAUCAAUUUGACCUUUUCCAUUGUAUGCGGCAUUUUAGUUGACCUGGUGUUUAUCAUUUACCCAACAGCCAGGCCUAAGUUGAUUAUAAAAUCGAUCAAGCUACCUGACAUUGGACACGCAUUGCUGGUGGUGCCUGAUAAAAACAUCUGCUACCCCAACAUCGAGUUUUUGAAAGAACGCAUAAUCAUAAGUGCCGAGCUCGUCAAAUUAGAUGUUAUUGUGAUUGAUGGAUCGUUCAUCCACGUGCUGGACACAACUUCAAUCCAGACCCUCAAGGCUUUGCGUAAAGACUUUGAGUCAAAAGGGAAGAAAACCUUGUACGUGAACUGGAGAAACUCAGUGAGGGACCAGUUUGUCAAUUUUGAUCGCAAGAACGCCGACCUGUUUGUCUCCUCGGCAGAAUUAGGGGAUAGCUGUGAUUUGGAAUCGGCGAAAAACAGUGUUUCUGAUUUUGAGUAUAUUUAUUAGCACUUAAAAUGUUACAAUUGAGUGAAAAAAAUUUGAAAUUAAAAACUGUAGAGCCUUUUAAUAAACUUUAGGAUUUUUUUAUAGUUAAAUUUUAGGUUUUUAAACAAAUUUUGCAUGAUUGAUGGUAAGCACUCUAUGAUUCUUUACUAUUAUAAUUUAAAAAUAUAAAUUUUUUAAAUAUAUGGGUAGAAAAUUAAAUAAAAUAUUCCAUUUUGCUUGAUUCAACGUCAAUUAUUGCAGACACAGUAAGCAAACGAAAAAAAACUCACUUAUUAGUAAUGAAAGAAAAAAACAUGUAGAUUACCAAAUUAAAUUUACAAGAUAAUCUUUAAAUUAAAAUACUGCUGCUAUAUUUUAUAUUUUCUAGAGAUUCACCAAAAAUUUUGAGCCAUGUGAUUUA